AUGGCGGGGGAUGCGCUGCCCGGCUGCUACGUCGCCGACGAAGGCAGCGGGAGGCUCUUCAGGCGAGGACGGCUCCUGGGGGAGGGGGCUUUUGGGCGCUGUUACCGGCUGACGGAGGUGGCCAGCGGCAGGGUCUACGCCGCCAAGGUGAUCCCACGGGCUCGGCUCACGGCGCCGGGGAUCGCGGAGAGGGUGGAGCGGGAGCGGGAGCUGCAGGGCCGCCUGUGCCACCGCCACGUCGUGCACCUGCACGGGCACUUCGCCGACCGCAGCCACCUCUACCUGCUGCUGGAGCACUGCGGCCGGAGGUCCCUCGCCGACAUCCUGCGGGCCCGGGGGAUGCUGACGGAGCCGGAGGCGCGGUACUACCUGCGGCAGGGCAUCGCGGGGCUGCGCUACCUCCACGGCCAGGGCGUCGUGCACCGGGACCUCAAGCCGAGUAACGUGCUGGUGACCGAGAGGAUGCAGGUGAAGAUCGGGGACCUGGGGCUGGCUCAGCAGGAGGCGGCGGGCAGCCGGUGCUGGGGGGCGCUCUGCGGGACGCCCAGCUACAUGGCCCCGGAGGUGGUGGACCGCAAGGGCCACGGCGUGCCCUCGGACGUCUGGGCCCUGGGCUGCGUCAUGUACGCGUUGCUGACGGGCAGCCCCCCGUUCGAGGCGGGCGAGCGGCAGGAGCUGUACGGGCGCAUCCGCGCGGCGUGGUACCCGCUGCCCGGCCGCCUCUCGCCCCGC